AUGAAGAGGUCCAUCUUAAUAUCAGCUUUACUUCUCUACAGCCUCAGCUGGAUCUCCGUCUCAGGUUCGGACCUUCAGACUGUGGAGGUUCAGCCUGGUCAAGAAGCCACACUGCUGUGCUCCAACAUUUCCAAAAAUCCAACUCAGACAGAUUGGUUCAGAGUGGUCAACAGAACCAAGCCCACCUGUAUCUUCUCUAUGUAUGGGUUUGGUGGUGAAGCUUCACCCUGUCCUGGAUUUGAAAAUGGAAAAUUUGAAAUGAGCUCAAACAUCUCAACAGUUUUUCUUAAAAUAGAACGAGUGGAUUUAUCUGAUUCUGGGAUGUAUUUCUGUGGAUUUUACAUCAACAUGCAUACAGUCAUUUCAACUGCAACACAUUUAAAUAUUCAAGGUGAUGCUGAACCUGAUGAUGAAGUGGAUUUUAACACUCAAAAGGAGACUAAUGAAAUGACAGAACUAAUGAGUGGGAUCCUGGGUUGUCUGAGUGUUUUCCUCCUAUUAAUCAUCAUCGUUUUGGCUGUUAAAAACAGGAAACUUAAGACAGCUAUGAACAAAGAAGUACAGCCGGAAAGAAAAAAGAAGGUGGGUUCAGAUGACCUGAACUACGCAGCUCUAACCUUCCAGGCGAAACCAAAGAGAAACCACAGACAUGCAUCAGAGAGAAACAUGGAGCCAAAUGUUGUGUACGCUACCACCAAAGCAACUGCAGCUCGAAGUGGAGCAGAUGCUUUAUCACAUUAAUCUGUUGUUGUGGUGUCUGUGUUUGUGGGUGGGAGGAGUCAAAGAACACAGGUUAAAUAAUGUUUCUAUAUUUUAACCUUCAUAUUUCUCUGUCUCGGUCAAAGUGUCAACCUUUCUUAUUCUGUCUGAGAGGAAAAAGAGCAUGCGUAACGUGUGAUAGAGAACAAUUCUGAUAGGACAUUGUCAAACAUACAAGUAGCGAGUCUAAAAUGCGCUGUGAUGGGGGAAGGAGUAAGUGAGUGAGGUUAACAUCACUCAUUUGACAGGAACAAACAGCCCAUCGUGGUCUCUGAGCUGGUCUCUGAACACUGAGCACAGUUGAGGUAACAACUUUGAGGCCUCUGAAGUGACAGCUCUGUGGAAAGUAGAACAGGAAGCAGUGAAAAACUAGCCCCUUAUGAUAAAAUUAAAGUAGGUGUGGUAUUAGAACUUUCCAGAGAAGUAAAAUAACAAUAGAAUAAGCCAGCACCCCGUGGGGACAAAUAUUGCCUGUGCAAAUGAAAAAUAAAGACUCACAAGAAGAUUUCAAAGCUAUUCAAACUCAUUGCUGCUCUAAGAGAACAAGAAUGUGACAUUUUAACUCUCUUACUCUCUGUCUCUCUCUAAGUAUCUCUCUUUCACUGUAGGCAUGUGGUUCCAUAAGGAUUGUUGAAUUUUAUUGCUUCACAUCAUUGCGUUAAUGAGCUUUUGCUAAUUUUUGCUUUUAAUCAUUACUUUAGGUAAAACAUCUACAGAACUACUUUCAAUAUCUGCUGUAGAAUGCUUAUUAUUUAUAGCCUGCACUAUAAAGCUUUUAUCACACAGCAUACACAUCAUUAAAUAGUGCAGCAACAUUAAAUAGUCUCCAUGUCCUUUUUACAAUAUUCUUUUAUUUUACUGCUGUUGGUUUUAAUUUCAGAUUGUGUGCAUCCAUCAACCGGCUCUGAAACUACUAGCAUAAUAGAGCCUUCUUUCCAAACAAAGACUCACCACUGGUCUUGAUUAAAACUCACCCCAGAAUGUCCUCCCAAAGGUUUAAGCUCACAGUAGGUCUUAUUGGUGCCAGGCGCUGCCUAUAACUGCCCCAGAUAAUCACCCUAAGUGAGAUGAACCACAUUUUAGCUUACUUGAUUUGCAUACCUUUUAAUCUUAUUUGUUUUAAACAUCAACUGUGAGGUUCGUAUGGCACCUGUUUGUCCUGAGCGACACUCUCAGAGGGGUCAGCCUGGAUAAGCCAGGCUUCGAGGACCAAGAUAAACUGUUUGUGGCACCAAUUCCAAUCCCCAGUCUCUCGAGUGAUGCAUGGAGGCAUAAACCUUUGUCUCACAUUACAUCUGACACAGAUAUAAUGUCAUGAGAGUUUCAUUCUGCCAACACCAAACUUUCCUGGGAGGACAUAUUUCAGUUUAUGUUAUGUUUAUGUUGAUUAUUAGCCGGGGCUUACAGAUAUGUAAUGGCACUGCAAAGCAGUAUGAGCGGAAAGAUAAAAAAACAAAAGACACCCCUCCUCUCUAAAGCCUUUCGCAGACGCUCAGUGGUACAAAAACUCCUGACAGUGAGACAAUGAAACGGGCAAUGAAGAGCCUCAGCUUAAUAUCAACUUUAUUCGUCUGCAGCCUCAGCUGGAUCUCCGUCUCAGGCUCGGACCUUCAGACUGUGGAGGUUCAGCCUGGUCAAGAAGCCACACUGCUGUGCUCCAACAUUUCCACAGCUCCAACUCAGACAGAUUGGUUCAGAGUGGUCAACAGAACCAAGCCCACCU